AUGGCUCUCGAGCCCAGGUCGCCAUCUACGCACAACCGCUUGAUGACCACCAGAAUCCCUCACCCUCGAUCCACGCGAUUCCAUAAUGGCGAAGAGUUCCCCGCCCCGCCUGCGAAGCGACUGAAGGGCACUGUGUCCGACGGUCUCGCCGCCAGCCCGAAGCGCGGGUCUUCUGCGAAGUCUCCCCAGAAGAGGAAGAUCAAGGACGAGAUCCCAGACUCAGAAGAGGAGGGGGAAGAAACCGAUUUCAAUGGACGAGCAGAGCGUAUCUCUGACCUGGCCCCGGCGACACAAUUGGAGGCUACUCUGCCACCAAUCAAGACAGAUGAAGAAGCCAUAGAGGCGUACGAGGCUUACAAGGCAAGUGAAUACACAUACAAUGACCAAGAUCGUCGAGAUGAAGGUACGACGUUGUCAAGGCUUGAAGCGCGCUCUUGGGUCCGAGGACGCAGCUCUAUUUACGUGGAUGCGUUCAACCUUGCUCUGGAUACGGUUCUAGACGAGGAACAGCAUCUUUUCAACGAAGCUGAAUUGAGUCUUUUCGCAACAUGGCGGGAACUCAGCUACGAAGCCCAGUACCUCUACGUGCGGCUGUUCCUUCGUAAGACAAGUAAAUGGUUCCGAAUCAGAGACCUGCAGUAUUACAGCGAUGUUGCAGACAUGGAGGCUGCCGUUGCGGAGUUGCAGAAGGAACGACCUCUCCCGGCCGUCAAUGAGGCGCCCGGUAUCCAUCCAGGUGAAUUGGAGCCUCCAGAGGGCACGGUACUCGGUGAGACAUUUACCUUUGCAGAAUGUUCAACAGAACACAUCAAAACACUGGACGAGGCGAGCAGUCUCUUACUUUUAGACGAACUGAAGACUCUCGCGAAGGAGGCAAAAGUCCACGGCAAGAACAAACGAGAGCUUCUGCAGAAUUUCCGGCGCACCAGCGGCAGGCAAGCUGGGCUGGGCUUCAAAGGACUCAGACGGAUGGAAACGCACGAGUCGGGAGGUGCCUUGUCUGAGGACAGUCAUUCUGUCUAUGAUGAGGAAGACGGGGAGGAGAGCAGUGGCACCAGCACACCGAAUUCCCCGAGCACCAAUCGAGACGCUCACUUUACCAAGAAGAUCCUUGACCGGACAGGACGUUGUAUCCGACUCUCUCUGACUCCAUUGAAGCUUUUCGAACGAGUUCAUCUUGUCUUCUACCGUAGCACAGAAUGGACGGAGAAAAGCCUGACGACCUUGAUCCUGGCCAAGAUAUCCCGCCGCAAUUUCCCAGAGUACAUCGUCAGCCGGUCCUCCACCAUCUUCGAGUCCCGUGCUCUUCUCCUCGAAUUUGAGGCCAGUCUCCGCACACAGUUCCGAGUAGACAACAUUCUUGAAUUCAGCGGCACACCGGGCCGAAAAGCUCUGGAGGAAGUGAAAGAGAUCUUUGAGGCGGUGUAUCCGCGGUGGAAGGCUCUCCUGGCCGAAGAACAGAGGAAGGAAGACCGCAUCUACGAAAGUGGAGAGGGUGCUUAUCUGCGUCGUUUCAGCCCGGCAUGGGUAUAUACGCGGAUUGUGCACAAGGCUCUCCAUCCCCUUGCCCGGUUCAAAGAGCAUCUUCGAGAGCACGAACUGUUGAACGAGCUAUUGGACCAACGACUCUUCCACGCGGCAAGACGAGGUGCAUGGUACCAACGCAAAGCCCUAUUGGAAGAACACUACAUGCACGCUCUCACCCCCGAUGAGGGUCGAUCUGUCGAGGCAAACAAGAAGCACUGGAAGCGCGUUGCGCUCAAGACUUGCGAGCUGGGCCUUCAAGAUAAAGAGUGCCAUGUCAUCUACCAUUACGACCUCCAGAAGCGGGUCAAGAAACUGGAAAAGCAACUACGCGUGCCACUUCGGGAACAACAUGACUUUGGGCACGUGAAGCUUGGGAAAGCCGUGGAGAGGGAUGUCGUGGGUAUCAAAAUUGAGCACGGUCGCGAGGACACACCGUCACGAAGUCUGACCUUUAGUCGGAAGAACAGCGUCAACACCCCCGUGGACAGCGACCCGGCGGCGAACAUUAACAAUACCAAACGUCUCUCUCUUCCCCAUCAACCAGGUAAUCCAAUGCUGGGGGCCAAGACAGUCUGGCUUGACCAUCUGGACACCAACCUCCCUGUCUCGGUCGAGUCCAUGUGUCUCUCCCACUACCGUCACGUAUUGGGAUACAAGGGCUACCACUCCGAAGGCGGCAUCCUCCGCACGAUAUUCGGUCUGUUGUUCUACGACAUCCUGUUCUUCCACCCGUACAUCCCCAACGUCUUCCAGACUGCCUACCAGACGUGCCCGCUCGACCUGCACACGGACAGCUUCUUCUCGGCGCGCAUGCCGGAGAUUCUGGCGCGGAUCAACCAGAUCUCCAACGGCGAGGCCGUCGAGAUCGUCGAGCGGGUGUGGGCACAGGAGUACGAGCGCCGCACGUGCAUCGUCGGCGUGCGCUGGGACGAGUUUGAGCGGCAUGACCUCGUCGAGUUGCUGGCCUGCUGGGAGGGCCAGGCCUUGGGGACGGUCAUGCUGGUCAUGGCGCAGGAAUAUCAGAGCCGCGGCGGCGGCGUGCCGGACUUGGUGUUGUGGAAGGUCCACGACCACGAUCAUGCUCAAGCUCCCUCUCCCUCUCCAGACAAGAGUCCUCGACCCCAACAAGCCCGGGGAGAAAUCCUCUUCGCCGAAGUCAAGUCCGCCAAUGACCGCCUGAGCGACACGCAGCGGCUGUGGAUCAGUGUGCUGCUGUCCGCGGGCGUUCCGGUCGAGCUGUGCCACGCCGUGGCGGGCGAGACGCGAUCCGGGCCUGAGUGA